GUCGUCAGUCGUCAGUCGCCAGUCGCUAGUGGACAGUCGCGUCUCUCAGUUUUGUCGUCGCGUCGCUCGUCGUUGCCACAUUAAGUUCUUAUCAUAAUCCAUUGGGGCUACGUGCGCAGAUUUAAGUGACUAUAAUUGAAUGAAAAGUGCAAGAUACAUUUGCGAAUAUAUAGCUAUAGAUACAGAUACAGAUACAACUACAGCUGUAGUUAUCUUUGGAUUCGCCAUAGACGACUCCAAGAUUGAAGGGCGCGCGUGGCAGGCACGCGUUGCAUGCCGCUGUGAGAGUUUACAUCUCUCCCCAAUCGACUAUUGUCGCUCAAGUUGCCAUAACAACAACCACAACAACUACAAGAACCACAACAACAACGCACACACCUACACAAGAUAUUGAAAGAACAAUAGCAAUGUGCUGCCUGCAUCUGAAGAACUUUAAAUGCGCGAUUCGUGUGUCCGCCCAGCGGUCAGCAAGGACAUUGCCCACGUGCCACAAGAGUUAAGCUUGCAACCAGUUGAGGCGCCUCAAAGCGACUGGCUCAGCAAAAAAUAAGUCACAAUAACUAAAGAAAAUACACAUAUUCAAAUCACAUACACACACACACACACACACGCACCUAAUAGACGCCUACAUAUUUUGAGGCACUGUUUGUCGAGCUUUUAGCAUGCCACGCCCACUAGCGGCGCUGCUGCUGCUGCUGCUCAGCCUGCUGGGCGGGCUGACGUUGGCGUUGGCGCAGCGGCCGCUGUUGAAUCACACCUUCAACUCGCUGCCAAUGUCGCAGCAUCAGAGCAACAGCUACAACAACUACAACUAUCAGGGGCCGGGCAAGCAGCUGCGGAAUGGACGCCUCCAUGAGCAACCGCUGCCGCUGCCGCUGCCAACGUUGCCCGGCUUGGCGCAGCCCGUCCAUGUCUACGAUGAUUACGAGGGGGAGGCGAGCCAGGGGACACUUGGUUCGAGGCCGCCGCCGGGCAGUCGACGGGAUACGCGACGUCGCCAGAACUUGUCGCAUGUGGGCGCUGGUGGCUUGCCACGCCCCGAGCGCGGCAAUGGGCAACGUGGCAUGGAGUCGCUACGCAAGGAGCUGCUGAAACCCUCGGUUGGAGGUCCUGGCGGUGGCAUUUCCGGCAGCAGCACUGGCUAUGCAUCCUACUCGGGCACCUCCUCCAUUGGCAAGAUCGAUGGCCUGGGCGGCGUUGGCUCAGCGGAUCGAUAUGGUGAGAAACUGCGUCAGCCCAAUGGUGCGGCAGCCAUGACAGCUGGUCCUGCCACCGGGCUCUUCUCCACGCGCUUUCCUCCGCUCUACGGAGGCACGGAUAAUCAACCGAUACGCACGUCUCCCCGCAAGAACUCACUCAGUGAGCUGAUCAAGCUGAAGAAGAGCCUCAACCAGGCUGACCAGCCAGUUGGUGGAGUCACCCAUGGUAAUAUGGAGGACGAUACCGAUGCCGAUGGUGAUCAAGUGGAUCCCAUACAGCAGAUCAAGGAGCGCAUUCGGGAUACGGCACCAAAGCCGAACACCUAUGCACCCCACACGGAGUCCACACCCUCGUCGGAAAUCGAAGAUUUGCUGGGCGUCAAAUGCAACUUUGAAACACCCUGCGCCUGGGAGUGGACCGAGCAUUUAGUGGAUGGCUUUCAGGUGAUCAGCGGCACGGAGCUGGCCAAGAAGAAUAUGACGGGCUUGCUGCCCGGACCAGUCGCAGACAGCAUCGACGAUGCCAAUGGUCACUUCCUGUACGCCCGAGUGCAGCCGACGACGAAGCAGCUGAACUUGACGUCACCCUCGUUUAGCACCACGUUGGAUAAGUGCGUCAUGGAGGUGUAUAUGCAUCAGAGCGACAUGAGUCACGGACUGUCGCGGGUGGUGGUGGAGCCACUGCAUCCGCAGGAGAGCAGCUGGGUGCCGGCAGAGAUAAUGGGUGACAAUUACCGUCAAUGGACACACCGUGUUUUUCGACUCGGUCGCAUUUCCCGUGACUUUCGAAUUGUCUUUGAAAUCGUGCCCGACCUGAAGACUGGACAGAAGGCGCACGUGGCCAUCGAUAAUUUGCGCAUGGUCAACUGUUUCCCGGAAGGCACCAAGUCGGAAAAGUGCAGCACAUCGCAGGUCAAGUGCAUGAUGAACAAAGUACCCGUCUGUAUUCCAUUGCCGCGCAUUUGCGACAUCACCCGCGACUGUGACGAUGCCGAGGACGAGAUUCAGUCAUGCGACAAGAUACCCUAUGGCGGUCGCUGUGACUUUGAGGAGGAUUGGUGCGGUUGGCGCGACUCGGGCAAGACAACGUUGACUUGGUCCCGUCACACCGGCUCCUCCCCCACCCACGACACUGGCCCCGAUGGCGAUCACACGCAGCAACAUCUGUUGAACGCCACUGGUGGCUAUUACAUGCUCGUCAACAUGAACCAGCACAUCAACGACUCGGAGAAGAACUCAAUCAUUGGCUUUGCCAGCAAUGCUAUCAUGCUGAGCAAGACCUUCAACCCGCCGCCCUCUGUCCAUGGUAAUCCCGAUUCACCCUAUCGCAACUCUUGCGUGGUGCGUUUCUACAUCCAUCAGUUUGGCAAGAAUCCAGGCAGCAUCAAUCUAUCCGUGGUCGAAAUGAAAGAGAAGGAGAAUAUAACCACAACGCUCUGGUGGAGCACCAAGAACCAGGGAAGCGAUUGGUUACGUGCCGAGUACGUUCUACCCAACAUUACAUCCAAAUACUAUCUGCAGUUUGAGGCUCGCAUGGGAAUGCGCAUCUUCUCGGACGUUGCCGUCGAUGACUUUUCCCUGAGUCCCGAAUGCUUUGGUCUCAAUAUACCCGAGGAGCAUCUCAAUGGAUAUAACUAUUGGGACGUUCGUUAUAAUCAAAAGAGUCCAACGCACCACGACUUUGACCAUACGAGCUAUUUAGAGCUAACAACCUGUGACACUCGGGGCAUGAUAGGACCGACACAGGCACAAUGUGAAAGCAACUACAAGGAGCAGAAUCAGUCGCACGUGCUACGCGAGGUACAUGUCGUGGAGGAUCAAAGCACCUACAAAGGCAUGCAGAAGUGGAAGGUUCCCAACGAGGGUUAUUACACGAUCAUCGCCAAAGGUGCCAGUGGUGGCCUUGGAUCUGGUGGUGUGGGCAGCUCUCGUGGCUCUGUGGCUGUGGCGGUGCUGGAGCUGCACAAGAAUGAGGAGCUUUACUUUCUGGUGGGUCAACAGGGCGAAAAUGCCUGCAUCAAAUCAAUGGGUCUUCACAAGGAAGCCGGCUGUGGAACGGAUCAUGAUCUCGACUUGACACAGUUCAGCUUUCGCUCCAAGCAAGACAUGGUGAUGAACAUUUACAUUGAGAAUGGCGCUGGUGGUGGUGGCGGUGGCUCCUUUGUCUUCCUGCUGAACCAGGCCAAAAACGAGGCGGUACCGCUGCUCGUGGCAGGCGGAGGUGGUGGCCUGGGCAUUGGUCAGUAUAUAGACGAGGACUUUCAGCACGGCCAGAAGGCCAAGCCACUUCAAGCCCCCGAGAGCGGUCAGAUCAAUGGCGAACCGCUGAACAAAAAGACUGCCGGACCCGGAGGUGGUUGGCGUGCCAAGGAGGAUCAGGCGCUAAGUCCAACCUAUGGCGCUGCGUUGCUGCAGGGCGGACGCGGAGGACACUCCUGCUAUGUUGAGCUGGCUGACAAUGGCACCUCCGUGCACCGACAUGGACAGGGUGGCUUUGGCGGUGGCGGCGGUGGCUGCAACACAGGUGGCGGUGGUGGCGGCUACGCCGGUGGAGAUGUCUAUCUCAACGAGUCCAAUGGCGAGGGAGGCAGCUCCUACAUCAGCAGCAGUCGCAGCCUAAGAGAUGCCAGCGAAAUCCAUGCCGGAUCCAGCAGUGGUGCUGGGGCCAUCAUCAUCAUUCCAGCUAUCGAGGGUUGUGGCUGUGAUUAUCGUUGUGUGGCUCUGGAUGAAUUUAGGUCCAAGGUGCGUUGCAUAUGCCCGGAGGGCUGGAGUCUUAAGCGGGACAACAACACGGCCUGUGAGAGACAGGAGGAGGCGGGCAAGUCCUCCUUCCAGUAUCUGGUAUCCAUCCUGAUGUUCUCUCUCGCCGUGCUCUUUAUCUGCAUCACCGCUCUUAUCUUUAUGUUGUACAAUCGAUAUCAGCGCAAGAAGCAGGCCAAACUGCGGCAUAAGAUGCUUGCGGAGCAGGAUCUUCAGCUAAGUCGACUACGUCACAACAUUGAUGACUCCAAUCUGAAUAACUUCAAUCCCAACUAUGGCUGCGAUGGCAUUCUCAAUGGCCACAUCGAUGUCAACAGUCUGCCGCAGGUGGCACGCGAGAGUCUCCAGUUGGUCAAUGCACUGGGCAAAGGCGCCUUUGGUGAAGUCUACCUGGCUUUGUAUCGCCAUCGCGAUGGAGAUGCUGUUGAAAUGCCGGUGGCUGUGAAGACGCUACGCGAAGAUCCCAAGCGCGAGAAGGAGGAGGAUUUCCUGAAGGAGGCAGCCAUUAUGGCCAAGUUCAAUCACCCGAAUAUGGUGCAUCUAAUUGGCGUCUGUUUCGAUCGACAGCCUUACUAUAUUGUUCUAGAGCUGCUUGCCGGCGGAGAUUUGCAAAAGUUUCUGCGCGAGAAUCGCAAUACACCGGAGCGACCUUCCCUGUUGACCAUGAAGGAUCUGCUUUUCUGUGCCCUGGACGUUGCCAAGGGAUGUCGCUACAUGGAGAGCAAACGCUUCAUUCACCGCGACAUCGCAGCCCGAAACUGUCUGCUGAGCAGCAAGGGUCCAGGACGUGUGGUGAAGAUCGCUGACUUUGGCAUGUCCCGCGACAUUUAUAGAUCGGACUACUAUCGCAAGGGCGGCAAGGCAAUGCUGCCGAUCAAGUGGAUGCCACCAGAGGCAUUCCUCGAUGGCAUUUUCACAUCCAAGACGGAUGUCUGGUCCUUUGGCAUACUGCUCUGGGAGGUGUUCAGCUUGGGCCGUUCGCCAUAUCCCGGCCAACAUAAUACACAGGUCAUGGAGCUGGUGGUGCGCGGCGGACGUCUCGGCUCCCCCACUGAAUGUCCCGUGUCCAUUUACAAGAUCAUGGCCGACUGCUGGAAUCCCACGCCCGAGGAUCGGCCCACAUUCACCAGCCUGCUGGAGCAUCUAACUGCCUGCACGCAGGAUGCAAGUAUUAUGAAUGCACCGCUGCCCAAUAUACUGGGACCCACGGCCUCGGAGCGGGACGAGACUGUCAUCCGGCCGCCCAACGGUGAGGAGUUCUGUCUGGCCGUACCGGACUAUCUGGUACCGCUGCCCGGCAACGGUGCACCACAUGCACCGGGUGGCACUCCGUAUGCCCCCACCGCGCAGCGUCAACAAAACGCCUGCACUCCCCCCGCUGUCACCUCGCCCGCCGCCCCCAAGCCCACAAUGCCAGAGCCCUUGGAGGGGGCAGCCGCUGCAGCGGCGAUUGUGGGCGGCGACUGCUGGGAGACCUCCUUCAUAUUGCCCAACUCGAAGAGCGAUCAGCCGUUGCUCAGCUCUGGCGGCAUCACCACGAUGGCCAAUGGAGACUCGCAGCGUAAUCUGCAGGCUGCCGCAUCCAUGGCUGCUGCUGCCGCAUCGGCACAUGCCACGCCCAUAUUGCGCUCGCCCACGCAUAGCGAUGAGGCGAAACUGAUUAGCCUGGACACGCCACAGCCGACGCCGACGACCAUACAACCACCGCUGUCCUUUGCCUCGCAGCUGGAUGGCAUCACGCUAGAUCCUGCGGCGUUGUCCAAGAGCCUGGCCAAUGGCGGUAAUCCCAAUGGCAACUCCAAGCAGUCCUAUGCCAAUGUGCAGGUGCAGUUGAAGGCUGAUCCGGAGAGAGAUUGCAGCAAGAUGAAUGGAGCUCUGCCCAGUGGAAAUGGAAUGCUGCUCAACGGGGAGACGGCAACAGGGAAGGCAACGAACGACUCACCCUUUACCAUUCAAGGAUAUGCGGAGCGAUAUAAGGACAACAACAAUCACUCCGAAAUCAGUUGUUAAAGCGUCCCAAUAGCUAACACAGGGCGUCUGUGUCUGUGUCUGUGUCUGUCAUGUGGCAACAGGGUGACUCGGCUGUAAGCAUAAAGUCUGAUAAAAACCCGAGCGAAUUGGUUAAUUGAUGAAAAUUGUUGAAUUGUGGAAUUCGUGCAACAUGUGGAUAGCGUUAUGUCAAGCUUCAAGGGCCAAGUCCCGGUCACAAUUUGUUUUUGCAGCUGAAAAGCGCAUUAAAAAAACACAUAUUAAUUGCAAAAGCCAAAACAAAAAUAAAACCAAAAAAACAAAAAUCGAGUGAGAAAUUCACAAGAAUUAUAUAUUGUAAUUGAAAUAUUCAACUAAAUUUGUAUGCGUAAAAUACUUACACAUAAAUACGAAACAUAAAUUAUGACAAUUAGUUGAAAAUUAGUUUAGUUUUUGUAAGAGAUUUGUUUGCCAAUUGUGAGAGGUUGUAAAUAAGUAUAUGAUUAAUCUUUUUUUUGCCAAAUUACAUUUUUAAUUUUAAAUUCAAUUGUUAAUUUUAUGUUAAUUUAAGCAAAUGACUGAAAUGCUAAACAAUAUUCCUAAAAACCAACAGAUUCAAUUAAUUUUUUAUAAAUAUGCAGUCCAAGUGAAUCCAAAAACAACAAGAACAUCAACAACAUCAACAACAACAAGAACAAGAACAACAAUAAGAAAAUGUACCAACGCAUAGUCAUUUAAUUAUUUAUUUUCUAUUUUAUUUCUUCGUUUUUCUUAUGGUUUUUAAGUGCAACGUAGUCUUUAUACAAACAGCGAGCAUAUUUUGUGAAUAUAUGUAUUAAAAUUGUUUUUCCUUUAUUUUGUGAAUUAUUAUACUUUGUUUUUAUCUUUUAAUUAACCUGUAAAUAAAAGCUUCCGUCGUAGUAUAUGAACUUAUGUAUUUAGUAUCUAAGCUAAAUUUAGCAUGUAAAUGAUAUACAUAUAAAGAAUAUUGAAAUAUUAUAAACUACAAUUUACAGGGUGAUUUUUAUGAAAAUUCAGUUGUAUGUUUAAAAAACAAAACAAAUUAGCAUUAACAAAUUAUGACAAGAAGAAAAACAGAAGACGGAUAGUUUUUGUAUCAUUUUAGUUGUGCGCCAUAACUUUAAUUUCAAAUGAAUACAAA